GACGACGAUCCGCUCCUGUUGAAAGACCUCGCGGUGGACUUUGACUAUCUCAUGUUCAAGAUCAAGGACCAUAUCCUCGGCCUUGCGGAACUCACAAACACGUCCGUGGCGUCCAAGAAACAGCUCAUUGAAAACGACUACUUUGCCCAGCAGCUCCAGUUGGACGCCCAGCUUGCGGACGCAGACAGCACCCUAAAAGAGUGCGCGGAGCUUGAAAUGCUAUUCCUAAAGUUGAGCCAGUUGCGCCAGUUUGUGGACGGCUUCAAGACGCGGCUCGCCUCCUUAGAACACGAGUAUGCCAAGAAAGAA